AUGAUAAUGAACAAUCAAACGAUCAUCUCCCAGUUUCUCCUCCUGGGCCUACCCAUUCCACAAGAGCACCAGCACCUGUUCUAUGCCCUGUUCCUGGCCAUGUACAGCACCACUGUCCUGGGGAACCUCAUCAUCAUCAUCCUCAUAAUACUGGAUUCCCAUCUCCACACACCCAUGUACUUUUUUCUCAGCAACUUGUCCUUCACUGAUAUCUGCUUUUCCUCUGUCACAAUGCCUAACUUGCUGCAGAACAUGCAGAGCCAGGACACAUCCAUUAGUUACAUGGGUUGUCUGACACAAAUGUACUUUUUAAUGGCUUUUGCAAAUAUGGAGAACUUUCUUCUUGUGGUCAUGGCCUAUGACCGCUAUGUGGCCAUCUGCUCCUCUCUGCAUUACAUGAGUAUGAUGAGCCCCAAGCUCUGUGUUUGUCUCGUGGUAAUCUCCUGGAUAUUUACCAUGUUGUAUUCCAUGUUGCACACCCUACUCUUGGCUAGAUUGUCAUUUUGUGAGGACAAUAUGAUCCCUCAUUUUUUCUGUGACAUAUCUGCCCUGCUCAAGUUGGCCUGCUCUGACAUUUAUAUUAAUGAACUAAUGAUAUUUAUCUUAGGAGGGCUUGAUAUUAUCAUCCCAUUCUUACUCAUUGUUGUGUCCUAUGUACAAAUUGUCUCUUCCAUUCUAAAGGUUUCAUCUACUCAGGGUAUACACAAGGUCAUUUCUACCUGUGGCUCCCAUUUACCUGUAGUUUCACUGUUUUAUGGAACAAUUAUUGGUAUCUACAUAUGUCCAUCAGCUAAUAACUCUACAGUGAGGGAGACAGUCAUGGCUCUGAUGUACACAGUGGUGACUCCCAUGCUGAAUCCUUUCAUCUACAGCCUGAGAAACAGAGAUAUGAAAGAUGCCCUGAUCAGAGUCUUUUGCAAGAAGAAAAUCUCUUUAUAA